UUCUUUCCUUUUGGUUGUUAAUAUAUUAGUCUAAGGAAAGAAUGAGAGUUUGAAGGCUAAGGCCUAAUACUUCUUUUAUAAAAGGUCUGGACUGGAUAAGGUCUUUUAUAUAUGCAAUGUACAUCCAUAGGUACUUAACUACAUAAAAACAAGAAAAAAAAUAUUGUCCGAACCCCUGUUUUAUUUUAUUUAGGUUUAAGUCUGACGAGAAUAAUGUUCUACAGCUAGCAAUUCAUUUAUUUUCAAACCAACCCAUUUACUAACUAUUAAGAUAUUCUUCAGUAUUGGUGGUGCUCAUAACAAUUUUUGUUUUUACCAUUACUCUUAUCUUGGAUUGUUUCAAUUGACUUUAAUGGGUUAAACCUACAUGACUAUCCUGUAUCUUUAUCUUCUUCUAGAUAGGCAUACUUUACUUACUCUGUACUUGUUUUGUGCUUAAUAAUGAAGAAUUAUUACUUGUUUAAAAAAAGUGAUAUUUCCUGUUUCAUUCUGAGGGUUAGCGAUCUGCACUUAAAUACUGCUCUACUUUGUUAUGGCGUCACCAAGGAAGUGAUAUGGAGAUUUUUUAUUGAAAAAUGAAAGCACAUCUAUGAAUGUAGAACCAGUGAUCAUGAGCUUUAAACUACUUUUGAGGGAUUUGAAAGCAGAAAAAUCUUGAUGUGGCUCAAAAGGAAGUACUGGUGCUUCGGGGAAGAUGAGUGAUAUGAAGACAGAAAGAUAAAGACUUCGUCAUACCUCAACCUGGGAGGGUCCGAAAGACUGGAUGAUGGAAUGAUGGAACUGACUUUGGAUCCUCAUGUGAACAAGACGGGAGAUAUUUGGCACAUAUGUAUUGAGGAUUUGCCUCGGAGCAAUGUUCUCUAUGGUUAUUGCAUAGAUGGGCCUCGAGGUUGGCAUCAAGGGCAUCGAUUUGACAGCAGCCUUGUGCUUGUAGAUCCAUAUGCAAAGCUAGUUGAGGGUAGCCGAUAUUUUGGAGAUGCUAACAGCAAGCUUUCUGGAUUUCUUGGAACUUAUGAUUUUGAUAGCAUUCCCUUUGACUGGGGAGAGAACUACAAGCUUCCAAAUAUAUCUGAGAAAGAUCUUGUUAUGUAUGAAAUGAAUGUCCGUGCAUAUACAGUAGAUGAAUCUAGUGGGUUGGAUCCAAAGAUACGUGGAAGCUAUCUUGGGGUAAUUGAGAAGAUCCCACAUCUUCUAGAGCUUGGGAUCAAUGCAGUGGAGUUGCUGCCUGUCUUCGAAUUUGAUGAAUUGGAGUUUCAGAGGCGCCCAAAUCCUAGAGAUCACCUGAUUAAUACAUGGGGCUAUUCGACGAUAAAUUUCUUUGCUCCUAUGAGUCGCUAUGCUAGUGAUGGAGGAGGUCCCAUUACUGCUUCGCUGGAGUUCAAAGAAAUGGUCAAAUCUUUGCAUGGUGCUGGGAUAGAGGUCAUUCUGGAUGUUGUUUAUAAUCAUACUAAUGAGGCUGAUGAUGCCAACCCCUAUACUACUUCAUUCCGUGGCAUAGAUAACAAGGUUUAUUACAUGCUGGAUGUAAACAAUAAUUGCCAACUGCUGAACUUCUCUGGCUGCGGAAACACAUUAAACUGUAACCAUCCCGUGGUCAUGGAACUGAUCCUUGACAGCUUAAGACACUGGGUGGUUGAGUAUCAUGUGGAUGGAUUCAGGUUUGACCUUACCAGUGUUCUUUGUCGAGGAACAAAUGGUUCCCCACUUAAUGCUCCCCCACUUAUUAGGGCAAUAGCCAAAGAUGCCGUUCUAUCAAGGUGUAAGAUUAUUGCAGAACCUUGGGACUGUGGGGGUCUCUAUCUUGUUGGAAGAUUUCCAAAUUGGGACAGGUGGGCUGAGUGGAACGGGAAGUACCGUGAUGACAUAAGAAGAUUUAUUAAGGGUGAAUGUGGCAUGAAGGGGAUUCUUGCAACUCGUGUUGCUGGCUCUGCUGACCUUUACAAAGUAAAUAAGCGCAAGCCUUAUCAUGGUGUUAAUUUUGUGGUUGCACAUGAUGGCUUCACACUACAUGAUCUUGUUUCAUACAACUUAAAGCACAAUGAUGCCAAUGGAGAAGGUGGAAAUGAUGGAAGCAAUGAUAAUUUUAGCUGGAAUUGUGGCUUUGAAGGAGAAACUGAUGAUCCCAGUAUCAAAUCUUUACGCUUCCGGCAAAUGAAAAAUUUCCACUUGGUAUUAAUGAUAUCUCAGGGGACCCCAAUGAUGCUAAUGGGGGAUGAAUAUGGGCAUACUCGCUAUGGAAAUAACAACAGUUAUGGACAUGAUACUAGCAUUAACCAUUUCCAAUGGGGACAGCUGGAUGCAAAGAAGAGUAAUCAUUUCAGGUUUUUCUCAGAGGUCAUUAAAUUUCGGCGAACUCAUCACCUAUUUCAGCGGGAAAGUUUUCUUAGCAAAGAUGAUGUGACAUGGCAUGAAGACAACUGGGAGAAUUAUGACAGCAAAUUUCUUGCAUUUACGCUUCAUGACAAGGGUGGAGGGGACAUCUAUUUGGCAUUCAAUGCUCAUGAUUAUUUUGUCCGAGUUUCAUUACCUCGACCACCAUUAAAGAGGAGCUGGUUUCGUGUGGCUGAUACUAAUCUCCAUUCUCCCCACGAUUUCGUACCUGAUGGCGUUCCAGACAUUGGAAGGACCUACAAUGUUGCUCCUUACUCCUCAAUUCUUCUUGAAGCCAAGUUAUGAGAUUAUUUCAGUAAGUUCUUGCUGAUCAAAUUCUCAAACAGCGUGUUCUAAUCUAGAUUAUGAGGUGAGAGUAGAAUCAGGGCCCAUGCAUCAAGGACUUGAUUAGAACUGAAAAUUGUCGAUAGAAAAACUGCCACAUACGGAAUGCAGAUAUUGAAUAAAAACCCACACUUGAAUUUCAAGUGAAUAAGAGAGCAGCCAUUUAUAGUAUAGGAUGGAGGAAUAUAAGUAUUUGCUCUUGUACAAAAAUAAAGAAACACCUUAGAUAGAGAUAUAAGCUAUCUGUUUAUGUUGGUGCAUAGAUCAUCAAGAUUUAGAAGCAAUGUAUUAUUAUUCAUAUCUCAUUCAUCA